AUGCAGACGACUCCUGAGCCCCAUCUCGCGAAUGGUUCGAAUUUGAUAACCACUUUUCAUCUGGCACAGAAGGCACCUCUCAUACUUAAGCGUCAGUCUUCCAGUGUGGAAACGGUCGCACCCUCAUCGUCGGGGGACGACAAAUCUGCGCUACUUUGUACUGAGCAACUAGCAGCUCGAUUUGGCAUGACUGAUGAGAGAAUAAUUGGAUUGAGGGGCAUGUAUGAAGAAGCAGUCGCUGAGAAUCCUACCAGACUUGAAGAAUGCUUGCAAACUUAUGACCUCGCGCUUUCCGAAAACCCCCCCGUACUAAAGCGUCGGAUCGCGCUCCUACGCUCGCUGUCCAGGCCUGUGGAUGCCAUUUCUAGUCUCAUCAACCUCCUAGACGCAGUCCCAACAGAUGCGGAGGCUUGGUGCGAACUUGCAGAUCUCUACCACUCUCAGGGGAUGAGCUCACAGGCAGCUUUCUGUCUUGAGGAGGCCUUAUUAAUUGUGCCAAAUUCUUGGAAUAUUCAUGCGUUCCUCGGCGAAAUCUUGUAUUCGGGUGCCUGUGCUUCUGAAACAACGGAUUGUUCCCAGCUUUUGGAGGUGUCGAUACAUCAUUUCUCUCGCAGCAUAGAACUCUGCACCGAUUAUUUGCGGGGAUUUUACGGAUUGGUCUCAGCGACGUCCCUACUGGGAAGGAACAGACGUCUAAUGGAUCACUCUCGUGACUCUUCACCGGCUCAAGCAAGCCUUCUUACUGACAAACUCCUCGACGAGCUGACCCUUUUCGCAAGAAGCAGACUCGAUGAGAUUGUGAGAUCCCGUUCUUCAGACCAUCAGGCUUGGAAGGAUAACCAAGGCGAGCUCAUUGCGGCGAAGGAGCUCCUUCACCGGCUUGACAAAUCUCCCCUAUAG